GGUGUAUGUGGGUUCAUAUGUGGAUUCCAUUCUUUUGUUGAAUCGAUUCUCCACCAUUUUCUUAAUUCUCAUCAUCCACUAGAGAAAGGUAUAAUAGUAUAUAUAUAUAUAUAUUAAUUGUUUUAUGUCAUCUGUGCAAAGUACCAUUGCUUCAUUCAUUUCCGAUCUUCUCUUAAACCCCUUCCAUCAAUACCUGCCCCUUUUGUCCUUCAGAUCGAUUAAGAUAGCUGAAGGACUACUCUUGCGCUCAAAUAAUUAAACCUUUCACUCAUCCAAAAGCCAGGAUCGAUCUCCAUCGAGGCAAAGGCAUACCCGCGCGCGCGUGUGUAUACACACACACACAUAUAUAUACAAACGUGUGUGAAUAUAUAUGGCUGGUGGUGGUGGUGGUGGUGGUGGUGUUGGGAGAGGUGGAGGUUGUGAUUUUGAUGACGAUAAGAGGAAGACGGCAGCUGGUGGGUGCAGUACUAAAAAAUAUCAGAAAAGCUACUUUGACGUGGUGGGACUCUGCUGCUCAUCGGAAGUUCCUUUGAUAGAGAAGAUCUUGAAGCCACUUGAUGGUAUCAAAGAGGUUUCUGUCAUCGUUCCAUCCCGAACUCUCAUUGUUGUCCAUGACCAUCUCCUCGUUUCUCAAUCUCAAAUAGUGAAAUUACUAAACGAAGCAAGGCUGGAAGCAAAUGUUAGGGUGUAUGGAAAGGCGAGUAAGUAUGAGAGAAAAUGGCCAAGCCCAUAUGCGGUGUUGUGCGGGUUGCUGCUGUUGGUUUCAUUUUUGAAGUACGUAUACCCUCCCUUUAAAUGGUGUGCACUGGGAGCUGUUGCUGUUGGCAUCUCCCCAAUUGCUCUCAGAGGCGUAGCUGCUCUCAGGAAUGCUAGGCUUGACAUCAAUAUUCUUGUUUUAUUUACAGUGAUAGGGACAGUUGCAUUAAAAGAUUAUUUUGAAGCUGGCACUGUUGUCUUUCUAUUCACCAUCGCAGAAUGGCUUCAGUCAAGGGCAGCUCACAAGGCAACAGCAGUGAUGUCCUCGCUGAUGAGCUUAGCUCCUCAGAAGGCAGUGAUAGCAGAAACCGGAGAGGAAAUUGGGGUGGAGGAUGUUAAGGUGAACACGAUUCUUGCUGUAAAAGCAGGAGAAAUGAUUCCCCUCGACGGAAUCGUGGUUUCCGGGAAUUGCGAAGUGGACGAGAAAACUCUGACCGGAGAGUCUCUUCCCGUUGCCAAACAAGCAGACUCCACCGUCUGGGCUGGCACCAUUAACCUAAAUGGUUAUAUAAGUGUGAAAACGAGCGCAGUCGCGGAGGAUUGUGUGGUGGCAAGAAUGGCAAAGCUUGUGGAAGAAGCCCAAAAUAACAAAUCCACAGUUCAAAGAUUCAUAGACAAAUGCGCCCAGUUUUAUACCCCUGGCAUUGUAAUAAUAUCGGCUGGGAUUGCGGCGGUUCCACUCGCAUUCCACCUUCGUAACAGAAACCAAUGGUUUCACUUGGCGUUAGUCGUUUUGGUGAGCGCCUGUCCGUGCGCCCUCAUCCUCUCCACCCCCGUCGCCACUUUCUGUGCGCUUUCAAAGGCCGCCACCGCCGGACUUCUCAUCAAAGGUGCAGACUAUCUGGAAACUCUCGCAAAAAUUAAGACCGUGGCCUUCGACAAAACCGGCACUAUCACUAGAGCGCAGUUUGUCGUCAAUGAUUUCCAAUCACUCUCCGAUGAUGUUCCCUUCACCACAUUGCUCUACUGGGUUUCAAGCAUCGAGAGUAAGUCAAGUCAUCCAAUGGCGGUUGCCAUUGUUGACUACGGACGCUCACGCUCUAUUGAGCCAAGACCAGAAAAUGUGGAGGAAUUUCAAAAUUUUCCCGGAGAAGGGAUUCGUGGGACAAUUGAUGGGAAAGAUAUAUUCAUCGGAAAUGCAAAGAUCGCCAUGAGAGCUGGAUGUCCAACAGUUGGAAGGUUGGAAAAUGAUUCAAGAGAAGGAAACAGCAUUGGGAACAUGUACUGCGGUGGAAAACUGAUAGGAGGUUUCAGUCUGAGUGAUGCCUGCCGAUCAGGAGUUGGGGAGACCAUCAAAGAGCUUAAAACAUUGGGCAUCAACAGUUGCAUGCUUACAGGGGAUACUAAUGCUGCCGCCAUGUGCGUGCAAUAUCAGCUAGAGUGUGGUGUAGACGCAGUCCACGCAGAACUUCUCCCGGAAGACAAGGCAAGAAUCAUCAGAGGGUUUCAGCAGGAGAGAGGCCCCACGGCCAUGGUGGGCGACGGCCUUAACGACGCCCUGGCUCUGGUGACCGCCGACAUCGGCAUCUCAAUGGGGGUUUCGGGCUCGGCGCUCGCCUCCGAGACGGCCCACCUCAUUCUCAUGUCCAACGACCUUCGCAAAAUACCCGAAGCCAUUCGCUUGGCCAGAAGGACCCAGAGGAAAAUCACGGUGAAUGUCAUUCUAUCCAUCGCCACCAAGGCCGCCACUCUCGCCCUCGCUUUCGCCGGCCAUCCUCUAGUAUGGGCUGCCGUUUUGGCUGACGUUGGAACCUGCUUGCUAGUCAUUCUUAACAGCAUGCUGCUUCUCCGAGGAACCCACGCCCACGCCCGCGCCCGCGCCCGCGCCCACACCCUCACCCACACCCACACCCACACCCACACCCACACCCACACCCACUGUGCCGGAGACCAAGGAAAAAAAUGCUGCGAGUCCACGUCUUCUGCCCAUGUUCAUAAACAUGGGCGCUGCGAAUAUCAUGAUGAUCAGUUGGGGCACGGAGAUGAAGAAACCGGCCAUUUGGAAUUUUCAAAGGACAAGCGCGCUUGUAUGUGUUCUAAGAAAAGAGAGACUAAUGGAGGAGGAUUAUCGGAAAUUAUAACUGUGUAGUAGUAGAAGUAGUAGUAGUUAAUUUUGCAUCCUAAUUCAGCUUAGCGCGCUUAAACUAUAUAUGUACGUAGGUUGGUUCAAAGUAAGGGAAAAGAAAAAAGCUCCGUCAAUUAAGAUCAAGUUCUGGUUAAA